CUGGAAAUGUAUUGAAUAGUUUAGGUGCAGAAUUUUCUCCUUAUUUAUUUUUUACCCUCAUGCUGAACGUUUUGCGGGUUUACCAAACUGGCGACUUCAUCUGUUGCUUGUGGUGAAGAUCGGUGGCGAUGUGUCAACAAUGAAGUGUCAUGGCCGCCUAAAAGUCAUCUGGAUGUGCGAUGGAGUAACUAAAUCUAAGAAUGCCGAUCCAGGCUCCACAGUGGACUGAGUUCCUGUCAUGUCCAGUGUGCACAAAUGAGUUUGCACCUGCUCUCCGCAGUCCCAUAAGCUUGGGUUGCGGCCACACUGUUUGUCGGACAUGUCUCAACAAUCUGCACUGUAAACAGUGUCCUUUUGACCAGGCUAUCAUCAAUACAGACCUGGACGAACUUCCUGUAAAUUAUGCCUUAUUGCAACUCGUUCUUUUAAAUGGAACAGCAGAUGCAAGUGAGGAGCAGCAAGACUUUGUUCCCAAUAAUCUACAUCCUGAAGAUUGCAGGUUCUACCUUCAAUCAAAAAAAUGCAUCGAAGAACUUGCCUUGUACCUCAAACCAUUUUCCAUGGGAAAUGGAGGCAAUGGCACAAGUUUCCUUUCUCGUCCAAUGCAGCGGAAACUGGUGACUUUGAUCAAUUGCCAAUUAAUGGAGGCUGAGGGGAGAGCAAGAGCAUUGAGAGCAACCCGGUCGUUAGGAGAGAGGACUGUCAUGGAGCUGAUUCUUCAGCACCAGAAUCCCCAGCAGCUUUCGGCAAACUUGUGGGCUGCUGUAAGGGCUCGAGGAUGUCAAUUUCUUGGACCAGCUAUGCAAGAAGAAGUCCUGAAGCUUGUUCUCCUUGCUUUGGAAGAUGGUUCUGCCUUGUCAAGAAAAGUCUUAGUAAUGUUUGUAGUGCAGAGGCUAGAACAGCACUUUCCUCAAGCCUCCAAAACGAGCAUUGGCCAUGUUGUUCAACUCUUAUAUCGUGCUUCUUGUUUUAAGGUCUCAAAACGGGAAGGAGAUUCAUCCUUAAUGCAAUUGAAGGAGGACUUCCGAACUUAUGAAGCCCUCAGACGAGAACAUGAUGCUCAAAUUGUUCAGAUUGCUACUGAGGCAGGUUUGCGCAUUGCUCCUGAUCAGUGGAGCGCUCUAUUAUAUGGUGAUACAGUUCACAAAUCACAGAUGCAGAGUAUUAUAGAUAAACUUCAAAGUCCACAGUCUUUUUCACAGUCAGUUCAUGAGCUAAUAAUUGCACUUCAAAGAACUGGAGAUCCAGGAAAACUGUCAGUUCUGAGACCUCACCUAGAGCUACUUGCUGAAAUAGACCCUAGCCCAGAAUGUGAGGCUCCUGCCUGGACCGAGCUGUGGCAUGCUCUAGAUGGAGUACGAGCUGUGGUCAGAGGUUUAGUGGAGUUCAUCCAAUUACAUGGUUCUCGCAAAUUAACAGAUCAAAGUGGGCAACAUGGUACUAAGUACAAAAUCAGUAUGUGUAGGGACUUGACUCUACGCAGCUCUUGCCCGAGAGGGGCAAACUGUACUUUUGCUCAUUCCGAAGAAGAGCUUGACAAAUAUCGGGCAAAGAAUCGGAAGAAUGCUGGAAGGGCAAUGAAGACGUCAAGUGACUUAAAGGAAGAAAGAGAAGAUGGAGAUGGUGUCGCCUCAGGAGAAGAGAAUGUUUAUGGUAGUCCACCAUUGGAGUCUGGAUCAAUGAGAAAAAUAUUCUUGUCAUCAGGCCCACAAACAGUUAGCUUUAGACCAGUCGUGAGUGUGUCGUCCGCAAGAUCCGAUAUGGAGUACACAUCAUUUUCAAGUGGAGGUAUGGCAUCAUCUCCUCAACUACUUUCCCCAACUCAGACAUCACCACUUCAGCAGCAGGGGCCACCAGUGCAAGUUACAUCAUUUCAACCCAUUCGUCCAAUGCAGCAGGCUAUUUUUGCACAGACUCCUAUUUUUUCUCCAGAUACUUACAGCCCUUCACCUCAUGCAUCCAUGCUUGGAGUACAUUCUGGCCAGCAUUACAAAACCAUGCAGACUCAGAAUGUGGACUAUUCUUCACCUUCUUCUCCUCUGCCAUGUGAAAACGCUCGCAAUGCAUCAAAGCUUGAGGCAUUGCACCAGAAGCAUUUACAUCCGAGAAUAAUCCAAACAAACCCAGGAAAAGCUUUGUCAUCAAGAGAGCUCCUCAUGCUCCAGCAACGCAAAAACAAAAUUGUUUCACAACUUGAAAAAGUUGUUGGAAAACAGUUAGCCAAUGCUAUUUCAAGUCAAAUUUCUCACAUGUUGAAUGUCGAUGGCCAAUUGUGUGGUCCACCACCUUGUUGGGGUGCUGGUGAUGUUGUGGAUGGCCACGUAACUGCUCAUCUCAAUCCCCAAUCAAUGAUUAACAGACCAAACUCCCUAUUGUCCGAUGAUGAUUUUGUCCCCCAUGAAGGCCCAGCUAUGAGCAAGUUUGGGCCAAUUUCUCGUAUGACAAAAACCUUGAUUCAACCUGGCAACCCAUUCAUGGAGUCUCCUCUGUCAGUCCCUGGGAGCCGGCAAUCAGUUCCAUCGUCUAGUCCUAUGGCAUCCAUGUUGUUACACAAUGUUCAAGGCUAUCCAUCUAAUUCUCAUAUAUUGACAGCCCAAAGUACUCAAGGUGGUGACAGUUUCAUUACAAUAGGUCACAGUAUUCUUGAUUCAACUCAGUUCAUAAUGCCUGAAGAUAAGCAACAAUUAGAAUCACAGCUUAUGCACUUGCAUAUGGGUAUUCAUAACAUGAAGCUAGAUCCAGAGACUCAUUGUAUGCAGGAAAGUGAGAAGCUCACUUCUGAAUUAUUUGCCAUAGAACAUGGCAUUCGAGAACAAAUCAGAUUGAGUCAACCAGUAAAUUCUGCAGAGAUAAGUUCUUGGAAAGAUGGUUCAAAUUACAAUUGGAAUAUGCGACCAUCUGGAAAUAUUCAUGUUCAAGGGGAGGACACCUAUGAUGCUGUAAUUGCCAAUGAUAUGAUGGAACAAGCUCUUCGUCUCGAACUAGAUCUUGAAGAACAAGAGAAGAGGUGGUGCAAUGAAGAAGGUACUACAAAACAAUGAAAAGCAAAGGAAAAAGGAGAUGGUGUUAUGAGAGAAGAAAAGUUUUCUCACCUAUUUUGUAGUAAUUUGCUAUGGUGCCGUUAGGGUGCAAUCUUCUAUCCCAUCCUCGGCCAGUUUUGUUGUCCAAAUCAUUUAGUGAUCUGUAGCAACUUAACACUCUUCAUAAUAUUAUCAUGAUACCAUCACAGAUAUCAUGCUAGUGAAGGCAUCAGUGAAUUAGUAAGAUGAUGUAACCAAAUGUUUUGUGUUAUUUGUUUUCUAAGAAAACGGCCUUAAAGCCCUUCAUGUAUUUUUAACAAUAUUUUUUAAAUUCAAUGUUUGGUUGAUACUUUUAGUAAUCUCAGCUAUGCCUUCUUAUCUUCACGCUUCAUUUGUGUUGGAAGCAAUCAUGUGUUAUGGUUGAGUUUUAUCCCCUGGCACUACACAUAUUUAUAUAUUGUGGGUUUGGAUUCAUUUGUUUUAUUGGCUGACUAUAACCUUAUGGGCCAUUCAUUGACUUUGGCUGCUAUAGCUGGGGCUUUGUUUCAUUCGCUUUUUCAGUAUCAAGGUCUACAAGUGUGUCUUGUUUUUAGUUUUAAACUCUCAGUUAUUUGAGGGUGAUAGAGUAAACAUAUAGCAAUUUCUUUAAAUGUGAUCUUUUAUUAUGUGAUGCAGCCAAAUGUUCAUAGCAUUUAGCCAUAUCUCCACUUGUUGAAGUGUACAUAGAAUUUUGACAUUGUUUUCCCAAUAUCUGUUCCUUCUACACCACCUGUGUUUUGAUGUAGAAUUAGGGAACUUGUGAUUGAAUGAUAAGGAGGGUAAUAAUUUAUUAUUCCUUGUACAUUGAGGAAUAUUGCGAUCCAGAUGGGUAAGAAAAGCCCGUUCUGUUGGGUGUGAUUUGCUCCCAGUUGAGCAGUUAUGGAUAGUGCAACCUGUGAUAAUGAGAUGCUGUAAGCAACUUCUUCUGUCCCUUUGGCAUUGUAGCCAUUUUAAAACAAUGGUUUUAACUAAACUGUUCAACAAGCAGUCAAAUUAUUUUUAUGUCAUUAAAAAUUAUGAAUGUUGAUAUGUAUUUAUUAUGAUGGUUAGGAAAUGCAUAUGUUUAUUGAAAGUAUAUGUAUAUAUUAAUACGCAUUACACAUGCACAUGUGUGAAAUGAAUGAUUCAAUUGAACGUCUUAAACAUGUUUAUAUACACCUUGUUAUAUAGGUCUAUUUUAUUGGAAUACUUGUCUAGAUAUAGCAGCAAACUUGUACCGUGUUGACAAAAUCAUUGACCUUGUCCUUUGAGCUUCCAGCAAGCUCAAUGAGCUCGUUUAUUUGUGUGAACUGUUAUCCAGUUCUUGAAGCAUUCUGGGCUGAAUCAAAAAUUUCAGAAUAUGUUGCCUGGGUAGUUUAGAUUUGAACCCUGAAGUUUCUCUCGAAGGGGUGUCCCAAGUACUUAUGAAAUGAAUUGUAUUUUGCCUUAUUUCUGUCCAAGAAAAACUGCAAGGCUGGUGCAUGACUUGACGACUUAUUUGUUAGUGUUUGCAAAAACAUCAUCUGUAUAAGAACAUUUUUCUACUAAUUAAACACCUGGGGGUUUGCUUGUUCUUUGGUGUUAGAUACUUUCUCUGUUCGAAAUUUAUAUUGCUGUUUAUCUCACUAUACUCGUACAGAUUACCGUAAUUCAUGAUUGGUAUGACAUGAUGCAUGGUAUUUUCGUAUGCUACUUUACAUGAAAUAUUUAUUUUAAACAAAAAAAUAUUUU